UAAAAAUCUACUUUUAAUUCUAGACAUUUUAUGUGGAUUGUAACACAAACAAACGUAAAGAAACCAUAAAUAUUAUCUAAAUGAAAUCCAUUAAUCUCUCAGCCCAAAGGAAAAGCCUGAGAGCAGCGAGUUGUGGAUAUGAAUGCCCGCACAUUUGAACCGCAUGUUGCCACCUUCCCCGCCUGACGUCAGGCCAGUUGUUUUGGGUCGCCGACCAAUCGGAAGCUCGCUCGCACUUCUACAGGAGCCGACGUGGGUCCAUCCUCGCGCCAGCUUCUAUCCUCCGUUACUCAUCACAACGCCCCCUCGGUAGGGUGCAAGCACGGGGCUCCGCUUUAAGCAGCAGCUCUGACAUGGAAACCCCAUUGCAGUUGCAGAACAAUUUCUAUCCAGAGCAGCAGCAGCAGCAGCACUGUAAGUACCAGCACUACUGCGGGCGGGAGGAAGAGCGCUCCAUCAGGCACUGCACCUGCAACAACUCCUCCACCUGCGAGGAUGCCAGAAAAAGCCAGCCUUUGCACGGGACGCCGCUGGGAACUUUAAGGACACCGUCCGUCUCAUCUUCAACAAGGCAAGGCGCUCAGUACAGCGAGUUCACGCCCUCUAGUCAUGGUAGUUCAUCCAGACAUCAUCAUCACCACCAUCAUCAUCCUCAUCGCGACCACAACCGGCAGCAGAUUCGGGGCAGUCCGGCCAGCAGCCACAGAGAGAGUAACUCUUACACCCAAAUAGCCAUGAGCAGCUGCAGAUACAACGGCGGCGUGAUGCGGCCGCUCAGCAACUUGAGCUCGUCCCGCAGGAACCUGCACGAGUUUGAUUCGGAGUCCCAGCCACUGCAGCCCGUCUCUGCGGCGGACGCGUCCGACACACUCGCCUCCAAGCCGGAGAACAACUCCAGCACCCUCAUGCCUUACGCCACGGGGGACGGAGGAGGAGGAGGUGGAGGCGGUGGAUGUAGCCACAGCGGCAGCAAAUCGGGCAAGAAGAAGAACCAGAACAUCGGGCAGAAGCUCGGGCACCGGAGGGCCCUGUUCGAGAAGAGGAAGCGGCUCAGCGACUACGCGCUCAUCUUUGGGAUGUUUGGGAUCGUGGUGAUGGUCAUUGAAACUGAACUCUCUUGGGGAGCCUACGGAAAGGAGUCACUUUAUUCUUUAGCCCUAAAAUGCCUGAUAAGCCUUUCUACAAUCAUUCUACUUGGGUUGAUUAUCAUAUAUCAUGCCAGGGAAAUCCAGUUAUUCAUGGUGGACAACGCCGCAGACGACUGGAGGAUAGCCAUGACCUAUGAGCGCAUCUUCUUCAUCUGUCUGGAGAUCCUUGUGUGCGCCAUACACCCCAUCCCAGGCAACUACACUUUCACAUGGACGGCGCGGCUUGCCUUUUCCUACGCACCAUCCAAAACAGACGCAGAUGUGGACAUCAUCCUGUCCAUCCCCAUGUUUCUGCGAUUGUACCUCAUUGCUCGCGUCAUGUUGCUGCAUAGCAAACUCUUCACCGAUGCUUCAUCACGCAGCAUCGGUGCUCUCAACAAAAUAAACUUCAACACACGAUUUGUUAUGAAGACCCUCAUGACUAUCUGUCCCGGCACAGUGUUGCUGGUCUUCACCAUUUCUCUGUGGAUCAUCGCCGCCUGGACUGUGAGGGCCUGCGAAAGAUAUCAUGACAACAUGGAUGUAACCAGCAAUUUCCUUGGAGCCAUGUGGUUGAUCUCAAUAACCUUUCUAACCAUUGGAUAUGGGGAUAUGGUUCCCAAUACAUACUGUGGAAAAGGAGUCUGUCUCCUCACUGGCAUCAUGGGUGCCGGGUGCACUGCUUUGGUGGUCGCUGUGGUCGCAAAAAAACUGGAAUUAACCAAAGCUGAAAAACAUGUACAUAACUUUAUGAUGGACACCCAGCUGACAAAAAGGGUGAAAAACACAGCUGCUAAUGUUCUCAGGGAGACGUGGCUCAUUUAUAAAAACACCAAGCUGGUGAGAAAGAUGGACCACGCCAAAGUCAGGAAACAUCAGCGCAAGUUCCUUCAAGCCAUUCACCAAGCUCGAAAAUUAAGAAGUGUAAAAAUGGAGCAACGCAAGCUGAAUGACCAAGCAAACUCUCUAGUGGACCUUGCAAAGACUCAAAACGUCAUGUACGACCUGGUCUCGGACCUGAACGAGCGAGGCGAGGACAUGGAAAAGAGGAUUGCACUGCUGGAGACCAAACUUGAGACCUUGCUCAGCAACUUACAGGCACUCCCGGGCCUCAUCAGUCAGGUGAUCAGCCAGCAACACCGGGACUUCCUGGAGGUGCAACUCCAGCCAUACGACAAACACAGCCACGAGCGCUCGCAGUCUGUCUCCCGGCGCAGAUCGUCUUCCACCGCGCCUCCCACUUCAUCCGAGAGCAGCUAGAGCUGACCGCCCAGCCGGCAUUUCCGGAGAAGACUUUCGCCAUCAUAUGGCCAAGUUGCAUUUUACUGUAAAGCCUUAUGGUUUCAAUAAAGUAUUAUCCAAGUUCUGAUGGCACCAUCAGAGGUUACUGUGGAUAAUGCAUUUGAAAUGGAUAUCUUCCACACAUAUCUUGUCGAUUUGUUUUUUUUUUACCUCAAUAAAUGAUGCUGUUUCUCUGUU